AUGGAUCCACCUGCCAGUAGCUGUAUGAGAAGUUCUCCUUCGACUACCACUCUCUGGGAAUGCCUACGUAACCACCACCACCUUGAGGCCGGGGGAGCUACUGGGGCGCACUACUACCCACAAGCCCCCUUUUCGUUCCACCAUAAAUCAGACUUUGGGGCUUAUGUAGACUUUUCCAACUCAUGUUUGGCCACUGCCCCCCAAAGCCUCCCCCGGGGUGAUCGAGCUUUUGAUGAGCGUCACCCCUCGUUUGAGCAUCCCAUGUGGCAUUUCUCUGCACCAGAGGGCAGGCAACGGCUCCCUGCUGAAUUUGCAUUGGGGUCAGGAGAACCAGAGAAUGGCAGCCCAAACUUGGUGGAUUCUGCAGUGAGUACAAGCCAAGAUUAUGACCUGGUAAGGAAUACUACAACCGAAGCACAGAAAAAAUCCUCCAGAAGGAAAAAGGGCAAUACAGAAAUCCAGAACACAGGCAGCAGUGGGAGCACCACAAAAGCAGAGGCCAACAGCUCCAAAGCACGGAAAGAGCGCACUGCUUUCACCAAGGAACAGUUGCGGGAGCUGGAGGCAGAGUUUGCACACCACAACUAUCUGACAAGACUUCGGAGAUAUGAGAUUGCAGUGAACCUGGACUUGACUGAAAGACAGGUCAAAGUUUGGUUUCAGAAUCGCAGGAUGAAAUGGAAGCGUGUGAAGGGCGGGCAGCCGGUCUCGCCCCCAGACCACAAUAUGGAGGAUGUGGACUCUGCUGCAUCCCCAAGCUCAGAAUAG